AUGGGCAUGUACCCCGGAGAUCCAGGCAACCCAGGUGGCGACUGCGCAGGCACCGUGUGCUCUGUGGGAGGUGGUCAGAAGGAAGCAGCUGGCCUCCGACCUGGUCAUGACGUCUUCGGCAUUGCGUGGGGCUGCCUUCAGACGUACGCUUGCACCGAAGCCCUUCUCCUGGCACCCAAGCCAAAGGCAUGGUCAUUCGAGCAGAUGGCAGCAUGGUCCGUGACGUUUGCUACGACGGAGGAGGCAUUUCAGGAGCUGGCGCCGGUGAAGAAGGGCGAGCGUGUGCUGAUCCAUGCGGCCACAGGUGGUGUGGGCUUGGUCGCCGUGCAGUUUGCCCAGCGUGUCGGUGCCACCAUCUUCGCCACAGCUGGAAGCCCGAACAAGGUGCAGCACUUGCGCGACAUGGGUGUUAAGUACAUUACCAGCAGCCGUGAUGUCAAGAAGUUCGAGGAGGACAUGAAGGCCUUCCUGAAGCAGGACGGUGCCACCGGUGUGGAUGUGGUCCUGAACUCCCUGAGCCACGAUGACUACAUUCCGAAGUCACUGGGCUUCCUCUCGAAGGGCGGGCGAUUCAUGGAGAUUGGAAAGAGGCUCAUCUGGAGCCAUGACCAGAUGAACCGUGAACGCCCGGAUGUGCAAUAUGAGAAGAUUGCCAUGGAUUGGGUCAUGGAGUUCCAGCCGGAGCGCUACAACAUGCUCAUGAGGCGGCUCGUGUCUCAAAUCGAGCAGGGCUGGUGGAAGGAGGUGCCCCUGACGCUUUACGAGGGCCUGACCUCCGGCAUCGAUGCCUUGCGCUACCUGCAGCGAGCCCAGCAGAUCGGCAAGGUCGUCCUGACACAGCCUUCGCGGAUGGAUUGUCAGGAAGACGGCUCGUAUGUCCUGAGCGGUGGCGUGGGCGCGCUUGGCCUCGUGACGACCAAGAUGAUGGUGGAGGAAGGUGCCAAGUCUGUGGUGCUCCUCUCUCGGCGCGGCGUGGUCGGCGACGACCUCAAAGCCAUGUGGGAGAAGCUGCAGGAGUUUGACGUGGAGCUCCUCGUCAAGCCCUGCGACGUUGCCAGCUUGAGCGAUGUGCAAGAGCUCACUACCAAUCUCUCGACCAGUUCAAAGUACAGGGUGAGGGGUUUCAUCCACCUCGCCGCAGUGCUGGACGACGCCACCCUACCCAAGCUGACACGAAAGCAUCUGGAGCGCGCUUAUGGUGCAAAGGUCUGGGGCGCCCGGCACCUGCACCUGUGCCUCCAGUCGAAAGCUUCGGCGUUGGACUUUGCCAUCCUCUUCUCCUCGACUUCUGCCCUCCUCGGCUCGCCCGGCCAGGCCGCAACAUGUCGCAGGGGGCAUCUUCAAGUUCUGCCUGAAUAA